AUGCCCCUCGUGUAUUUGAAGGUGCAGCAAAGUCAUUUUAGGUUUGAGUUUCUAAGUAAACUCACAUCGUCCCUCUCAGAGGCUGGAUGGAUCGGCCGUGAAGCCAUUCUCAUGACGGGCAUCAACUCGCUGAUAUAUGUUCUCAGUACGCUUCCACCAUGGAUCCUGGUCGAUCACUGGGGACGUCGGGCCAUUUUGCUUUCGGGAGCAGUCAUAAUGGCGAUAUCGCUGGGAGCUACUGGUUGGUGGAUGUACAUCGAUGUUCCCAAGACACCUAAGGCUGUUGUCAUAUGUGUAAUCAUUUACAAUGCCGCAUUCGGAUAUAGCUGGGGCCCCAUUCCCUGGUUGUACCCUCCAGAGAUCAUGCCUCUUACUUUCCGCGCGAAAGGUGUCUCACUGUCAACGAGUACGAAUUGGGCAUUCAAUUUUCUUGUUGGGGAGGCCACGCCCAUGCUUCAGGAAUAUAUCGGAUGGAGGUUGUAUCCAAUGCACGGCUUUUUCUGUAUUUGCAGCUUCAUCCUUGUCUAUUUCCUCUAUCCGGAGACCAAAGGAGUGCCGCUGGAAGAAAUGGAUGUCGUUUUUGGGGAAGACGCUCGAGAAGAGGCGGAAGACAACGCGUCGACUCUCAACGAAGUUAUUACAGAAAGAACAUCUCUACUUUCAGACAGAUCUGAUGCCAGCCACCAAGCCAUCAACACUGUAUCCCGCAGACGCCCUACUUCUCGUAAAUCAUGGCUCGGUCGAGUCUUUCGAGGCGGCAAUCAACCUUAG